AUUUAUUUUUCUUUUUCUCACAGUAAUGUAACCAAAGAAUUAGUUGAUUUACCGGAUAUUUUCUUCAUUUUUGUCAAACGGAAAUAGAUAGACAAUUAAAAAAAAUUAACAUUUGAAAUAAAAAUAAAUGCAGGUAUAAUGAGAAAACCUCACAGGUAUUCGCCGAUUUGGAUACGUUUAAAAGACGCAGGAAAGUCAAAAAUUAUUCAUGAGCGACCUCAUUUUAAGACACCAUCACUAUCAUUAUCGAACGAAGAAGAAAAGACAACCCUAAAGACCUCGCGAUCUAAUACAGUAACAAUUCAAAUGAAAAUGUUUAUUACACCCAGUUUUGUUCAACAUAAUCGUCUGCUUCGAUUAGUUAUGCUAUUGAUCAUCGUGGGUUUAUCGAUAUUUUUGUACACCUCAUAUUACGCAAAUCAAACAAUCGAACGAUUUCCAACGUCACAACGUUUUCACAUGUCAUCACUAAUAUCUGUGUCAUCAAUUUUGAAUUCAGAUAUGACCGCAGGCAAUGACAAUACAUUCCAGAAUAACGCGAUAGAUGAUAAAAGUGAUACUGGUCGUAGCAACAAUAUUGCUGACACUUCCAACGAUGCCCAACUAAGGCAAAAGGUUUUUGACAAUACUUUAAAUGAUAAUUUAAGUAAUAGUCUUGCGCAUUUUAAUAUCAAAAACAUUGUACAUCAAUCCAAUUUGGCAGGCGAUACAUCAAAUUCAUCUGAUAUUCCAUCAUCAUCGUCGUUAUCACUUCCAGCGUCUAUAGCGGCUGCGGCCAUAAUUCAGCCAAAAAACAUUUCUAAUAAUAGCUCACUGUACGCAUCAACGUCAAAUGUGAUGGUUGUAGGUAAAGUAGUUGAAAAUGUACCCGAUCAACAGCAAAAGCAAUCACCAGUGGCUUCGACUCAUUCAAAUAUGACCACCAAAGGUGCACAUUUAGAUACAGCAAACGGCGUACGUACAAGUGAUUUGUAUGAGUCUGGACAUUUUGAAGCAAAUAGUGAUCUAUGCGGAACUGAUGCAGGCGAACAUAUACGUCUGCUGAUGUUAAUAACUUCAGCGCCAACACAUCGUGAAGCCCGCCUUGCUAUACGCCAAACAUGGGGACAUUAUGCGUCACGACGUGACAUUGCAAUGGCAUUUGUUCUCGGUGCGACAAAUAUACAAGCAAUCGAAGAUUCGCUAGAAGCUGAGUCAUAUAUGUACAGUGACAUUAUUCGUGGUCGUUUUAUAGAUAGCUACAACAAUUUAACUUUAAAAACCAUUUCAUCAUUGGAAUGGGUCGAUACAUACUGCUCGAGAGCAGCAUUUAUACUCAAAACUGAUGACGAUAUGUUCAUCAAUGUACUUCGCUUAAUGUCAUUUAUUGAUAAACAUCGUCUGGAAGAACGACAAAAAAUAAUUUUUGGAAGACUAGCAAAAAGAUGGAAACCGAUUCGUAACAAACGAUCAAAGUACUAUGUGUCGCCGCAACAAUAUUUUCCAUCAGUGUUUCCACAGUUUACUACGGGGCCAGCUUAUUUAAUAAGUGGGUCGGCUAUUCAUGAUUUAUAUACAAAGGCCCUUGAACAAACAUAUUUGAAAUUAGAAGACGUGUUUACAACGGGUAUCGUUGCGCAACUGGUAAACGUUAAACGAAUCCAUGUCAAUGAGUUCCUUAACCGUCGCAUAGCGUUUAAUCCGUGCAAUUUGCGAAAAGCGAUCAGUAUUCAUAUGGUCAAAGCAAAUGAACAAUUUGACCUAUGGAAAAAACUAAUGGACACUAAUACAAAGUGUAAAUAAUUGUAUUUUCUCUAGUACCUAAUAUAUUAUUAUUUUGGAAGCAGUAGUUA